UUACUUCUGAAGUGUUGAUGCAUGUUACCAUGAAGUGUGUGUGCUUCGUCUCUCCUAUCGCUUCAGUUCAGACGACCGAGCACAAUUUCGCCUCGUCUGUACAUCAAGAAAAUAGUUUUCUAUCAGUUCAAACUGGGGAAAACUUGACGUUGAAAUGUUUCUACAGCGGAGUAGAAGCAAAACUUUACUGGUAUAAAGAGACUCUGGGACAGAAACCGAGGCACAUCUCUAGCUCCUACAAGUACGACGCAAAAGGAACUUUUUCUGAUGAAUUCAAGAAUCCACGCUUCACAUUGGAUGUUGGAAUGAGUACAAAUCACUUGGGGAUAACAGCUCUGCAAAUUUCAGACUCAGCUACUUACUACUGUGCAAGUGGCUUUUCAUCUAAUUUAGUUUUCAUAGAGGGCAUUACUGUCAGUGUCCGGGGUUCAGGUGUGAGCGUCCCAGUGUUGGUCCAUCAGUCAGCGUCUGAGACCAUCCAGCCAGGAGGCUCUGUGACUCUGAGCUGUACAGUUCACACUGGGACCUGUGAUGGGGAACACAGUGUCUACUGGUUCAAGGACUCUGAAGAGUCUCAUCCAGGACUCAUUUACACCCACGGAGGCCGGAAUGAUCAGUGUGAGAGGAAAGCCAGCACACAGAAGACACACACCUGUGUCUACAACCUGCCGAUGAAGAGCCUGAAUCGGUCUGACGCUGGGACCUACUACUGUGCUGUUGCCUCGUGUGGACACAUGCUGUUUGGAGACGGGACCAAGCUGGACUUUGAGGAGGAAGUCCACUCUCUUGUCUUGGUGUAUUUCUUGAGUGGAGCGUUGACGUUCACCAGCAUCCUGAGUGUCGUACUGGUUUUCUCACUGUGUAUGGUGAACAAGAGAAACCGCGGCGGAUGUACAGGUACUGUAACAACUAUUCUUCGACUCGACUCACUUUACAGUUUUAUAGUGCGGGGCACUUUUCUGUCUUUUUCAGAGUCUCAUGCAAGAUGUCCAGCUCCCUUCACAACCAAUCUAGAGGGUGAACACAAUGAAGACAACAUCCAUUACGCGGUUGUAAGGGAGAAGAAGGUCAACAGACCUAGAAGACAAAGGAACAGCACUGAGCCUGAGUGCUUAUACUCGGAUAUAAAGCAGAAGAAGUGAACAUGCUUCUCAGUGUUUCCAUCAAGCCCAUGCGGUCACACUGAAGUCAUCUUAUCAUUAUGUCUUUCUUGCUACUUUACAAAGAGAUGUGUUGAUUAUAACUGUUACUUUGGGGCUUUGGUUUGCCGUUGUCUUGGACUGCAUUAACUGUGACGAAAAAGUUUAAAAUGUUCCGUUCUCCAAAAGAUUCAUGUUUGAGAAAAUCAGAUCCAGUCGCUGAAGAAAUGUACAACAUAUGCUUCAUGUUCAUACUUAAGUAAGAGAGAACUGUACGAAUGCUCACUGUUUCAUGCACAGGACUCUCACCCAGGAGACUGUUGUUCAUGUCCUGUGUGAAAACAAGUUGGUGUGUUACGUUAGGGUGACCAGAUUUGAGUUUGUGAACAGAUACAGUCAGAGCUCGCGCAAGAAGGUGGAACGUAAGGGAGAUACCAUUUCCAAAAUGUGUAAGGGGUAAAUACUAGUUUGUGAAAGACCCAGAGAAACACAAAUAUCCGACGAAGCAAAAUCCUGGACGUUUUUGGAAUCCCUGCCGGACGCAUUUUUUAGGUCUCAAAAACAGGACAUGUCCGGGGAAAACAGGACGUCUGGUCACCCUAGUUACGUGACUACUGUACUUUGCUGAAACCUGUUACGUAACAAGCGUAGUUAUUUUUACUUAUUGCAAUCCAAACCCCAAUCUUUUCUCCUACAUAACCAAGUAGUUUAAUUGCGUGAGUAAACCUAAAGCUUAUUUUUGAAAGACAUUGGAUGCAUGUAGCGAGCCCCUUCGUCUCUGACACGUCCACAACUGAUGCUGGAGGGGUGACUGAGUGUUUGAAGAGUUGGGAGUGAGAACUUGUUGUCAAGGCAUUUGCCACUAAAAUAGUCCAAAAACUGGACUGACCGUCCUCCAAUCCUUAAGUCCAUCUAUUAGCGUCAGCAUUUUAAUGCCCUUUUGUUAAUCAGCUUGCUGCUAUGAAUGGUCAAGUUACAACUGUUUCAGUUAUUUCACAUGAGAGUUUUCUGGAUAUUUGUAGUUUAAAAAAUAAUUCUCAACUAAUGUUACAUUUUAUGAAGAAAUACUUCCAGUUACUUCACGUGUGGUGUAAUAACUUGCAUGGAUGUUGUACAGUGUUAAUAAAUGCAGAUGAUG